AUGCUCAGAUCAAGACUCCCACGCCUCAUCAGGCUCUACUCCAAACCGCCACGGACCAACCCUAUCGACGAAUUUAACAAGUCCAAGACCUCAUAUCUGUUUGGUCACAACUUCAGCAGCUUGGACGAGUUGGAUAAGCAGAUCCACAAGGAAACACCAAACUCGGGCCCCGAACCAGUCAAUACCACAGACUUGCACAGCCGGAUUAAACUGAACUUCGAACAAGAGGAAAAGGACAUCAACAAAUUGCUUGAAAAUGACCCCAGACUCUUGAGCCUUAAACAGGGCUCGCCGGACUACAAGCUCAUGCUUAACCAGGUUCAUGAAGAAUUCAACAAACACCAAAAAGAGAGCCGUAAACGGUUUGAGUUCCAGGAACGUGUCAAGGGAGUGGCUGCAGGAGUCGUAUUCCUAGUCGUAGUCAUCACCGGUCAUUAUGUCUUGACAAACUAUGAAUAUGUGAAGGGUCAGUUCACUUCCAAGUAUAUCAACCCGUUGAACCAAUCAAAGGCUUCUGAUUUGUCAGACCCCAAAAAGAAUACCAAAAACUUGAGCUACCUCCUCGAUAAAUUGAGUGCUGAACUAGACGAUGAAGCUCAGAAAGGUCUCAAGAACUCAAAGGAGUUGUCUGGCUUGUAUGUUUGUGGAAGUCCAAAUGGCAAGAAAUUGCCUUUGAGGUUAAGUUUUUUUGAUAAUAUGUUGAUUAAUGAUGUGAAAAUCUUAAAAGACUACUUGGUGGUAAUCAAUGACAAGGGUCAAGUCUACCAUUUCCAUUCCCAAUUGAAAGAGCCUGUUUUAACAAAAUUACCCUUCAAUGUCGAAAGCUGUACUUUGUCCAACGACACCAUCUAUUUCUUGACCAAUAGAGGUGAAGUCAAGUAUAUGCCAAGAUUAGAUAGAAAGGUUGAGUUUGAACCACUCCAAUCAAGAAAUUGGAUUGGUUUGUCUAAAACUAAUUUGUAUAAUGAAAUUGUGAUCAAAGAAAAAAUUGAAAAGCUAACCUCAGGAGAGAAUCAUUUGUUACUUUUAGGCAAAUCUGGAAAGGUUUAUGUCGCCAGCACUGCCCCUUCUACUUCUGAUAAGUUUAAGAACUUAGGUCAAUUUGGAAUGCCCAACUUUUCUCCUUUCAAUGAUAAGGCUAAAGAAAUCCCAACUAAUCAAGCAUUUGAAAUGACACUUUUGAAUAAUGAGAUAAUUAAAAACAAGGAUGGUACCAAAUCUUUGAAUCCUAGAAAGUUUAUUUCGAUUGCAUCUGGUAAGUAUCACAAUGUGGCUGCCGAUAAUCUAGGAAAUAUUUGGACAUGGGGUAAGAAUCUCUAUGGUGAGUGUGGUAUUGACCUCACCUACAAAACUGAUUAUCAACCAAUCCCCAAGGUAGUCUUAACAAACUCUGAUUUCAAACGUUUAACCUCAUCCAUUCUUGCAAGAUCAACUCGACCUGAAGACUUUAAGGUCUCCAAAGUGUAUGCUGCAGAUGACAGUUCUUAUGCCAUUGUUCACUACCAGGAUCCUGACAACUCUAGCAAAGAUCAAGAUAUUUUCAUUGGUUUUGGUAACGGUGUCAAAGGACAACUUGGAUCGAACAAGUAUCUCCACGUUAGUUCAAGUCCACAAUUAGUAAAGUCAAUAGUCAAUUUGAGCGAGUUCAACGAAAACACACAAUCUGUUGAAAAAAUUGGCUUAAAGGAUGUCAGUGUUGGUAACAACCAUGUCUUUUUGACCUUGGACAAUGGUGGAAAUUACAAAGAUGUGCUAGCAUUUGGGGACAACGAACAGGGACAACUUGGAACUGGUAAAAAGCACAAAACUUGCAAGCCCAUCCAGAUACCACAGCUUAUUGAGCCUGAAGAUGUACAUGAAGAUGACUCCUCUGCAACUAAGGAACAAAGAAGAAAAAAGUUGGCUAAAAGGCUUGACACCGUGAUCAACAGCAGGUUGCAACUUUUGGAUGACUACAAGUUAAACUCUUGGGGUAAUAAGUUGCAACAAGUCAUUGUUGCCGGUGAAGAUGGCUCUGCUAUUUUCUACAAACGUAAGUAA